UUCAGUAGAGGGAAAGAGGGAGGGGUAGAGUAACGAGAAUGGGCAGCCAAACCAUAUGUUAGCAAAUUUUCCUUUCGUUUUUUACUAGUAACUCAUUUUUCUUUCUUUUUUUCCCUCCAAUUUCUCUAAUCGUAUUUUCUCUCUUUGUUGGCAUUGUUCUUCCCCAAUUGAACACAACAACCAGUUGGAUCUCUUCACCAAUAUUCAAAUUUGCUUCACUGAACUUCAAUUGACCCAAAAUUGAAGCAGGAAACAAGACAUUCUGAAAUAAUCUUCAGGUUCGAUGGGGUCUCGUUUGCAAAUUGAAGGCGAUGAGUCAGUCCUUUGUCGUGUAACACAUUCGAAUCUCAAAAGCUUCAAUGCUGAUGUUCGCUUUUCACUUCAGAUGACUGUUGAAGCCAUGAAAGAGAAGCUGUGGAAAAAAUGUGGUACCACUGUAGAGUCAAUGUCCCUUGAGCUUUAUGAUGAUGCAGGAGCUAAAAUUGCUGAUCUCACUGAUAAUGCAAGAUCCUUUGGGUUCUAUUCUCCAAUGGAUGGAUAUCGGCUGCAUGUUUUAGAUCUUGACCCAGCAUCAGUAACUUCUGGUGGCUGGCUGGAAGACACAUCUUUGGUGGAGAAAUACAAAAUUUCCGAUGAAGCCUAUAAACAACGUGAUGGUACUUUUAGAAAAUUCAAGGAAAAGUUAGAACUUAAAAGCCCUUCAGGUGCCAGUACUAAGUUACCUGAAAAUUACAUGGAAGAUCUUUGUGCUAAUAUCAAGGAGGUGGGAGAUAGAUGUCAAGUUCAACCAGGAGACAAACGUGGUAUUGUGAAAUAUGUCGGCCAAGCAGAAAAUCUAGGCCCUGGUUUCUGGGUUGGAGUUCAGUAUGAUGAACCACUGGGGAAGCAUGAUGGAUUGGUUAAAGGGACUCGCUACUUUGAAUGUCCACCACUUCACGGUGCUAUGGUUAGACCAGAUAAAGUACAGGUGGGAGACUUUCCUGAACGUGAUCCAUUUGAAGAAGAGGAGAUAUAGGAACAGGCCCAAACAGCUGAUAUAACAUCUAAAUACUCUUAUUUGUCUAGUAUUUUUGCCGAUGUUCUUCAAUUGAGAUAAGUACAUUGCUGACCUGCUAGUCUGCUACUGGAACGGAACUUUACUGGCCUUUUUGCAAGAAAAUAGACAAAGAUAAAAGAUUUCUAUCCUUUAUUCAUUUUUUUGUGUGUUCCAAAAUUGUGGAUAUAUAUAUUCCAGUAUUUGUCUUGUCACCAGAAUUCUACAGCAAUUGACUUGAAGAUUUGCGUACACCAAACUGUACCUUUUUUUUUGUCCCUAAUUUGAAGCACAUUUUGUAGUGAUUGUACAAUGUUCUUAUUAGUCAUAUAUUUGUAAUGUGCUUUGGUCUAGCCUCGGCAUAACUUUCAACAAUCAACAGUAUUUAGUCACUGCUGCUAUUGCCCGAAUUCUGUUAGAAAAUCUCAGAUUUGCGUAUAUCAACAGUAUAUUAGCCUUGAAUAGCCCUUGAUUCUGAGAUUUUCUAAUGUCCAUAACAAAACU